AACUGUUUUCAGGUCUGUUCUUUUCUUUCUUCCUCUCCAAUGGAUUUCGAAUCCAAAUACGAAGUUUCACGCGUUGCCACCUUCAUUCGCAGUCAUAACUUCAAGCGGGUUGCUUUACAGUUUCCAGAUGAGCUACUAAAGGACUCAACAGGUGUGGUAGGUGCUCUACGUAGGGAGCUUCGGUCACGUUGGGAAGGCGAAAAUGAUGUGAAGGAAAUUGGGUUGUAUGUAAUGGCUGAUACUACGUAUGGUAGCUGCUGUGUUGAUGAAGUUGGUGCAUCUCACAUUAAUGCUGACUGUGUCAUUCAUUAUGGACACACCUGUCUCAGCCCGACAUCGAAUCUUCCUGCAUUCUUUGUUUUUGGGAAAGCUCCAAUAAAUGCAUCUUAUUGCGCCAAACACCUUUGUAGUUAUGCAUUGUCUAGUUCGAAGCCUGUAGUUGUCCUCUUUGGAUUGGAGUAUGGACAUGCAUUACAAGAUGUCAUAGAAGCAUCAAUGGUUGAAAAAACAAGUUUAUGUGGGCACACAUCCAGAUUUGAACUGCAUUUUGCGGAUGUUAUUAGCCAAGCUAUGAUUCCAAAAAAAAGUUCUGAAACUAAUGGGCAGUCAGGAUUGCUUAGCAGCUCUACUGGCAAUGGAGGUUGUGGUGAUGCAGUCGGAAAAACAUAUAGGAUUGGGGGAUUGCUUUGGAGUUUAGAAGAGGGUUGCAGUAUGGAAGACUACUCAUUGUUUUGGAUUGGCCCUGAUAAUUCAGCUUUUGCGAAUGUGGUACUUACUUUCAAUGGUUGUGAAAUAGUCAGAUACGAUGCAACAGAAAAUCAGUUGUUAGCGGAUACUUCUCAACAACGAAGGAUUCUCAAGCGUAGAUAUUACCUAGUUGAGAAAGCAAAGGAUGCUGGCAUUGUUGGAAUAUUAGUGGGAACACUUGGUGUUGCUGGCUAUUUGAGUGUGAUCCAUCAAAUAAAAGAGAUGAUUACAAGGGCUGGGAAGAAGGCCUACACACUGGUCAUGGGAAAACCUAAUCCUGCAAAACUUGCUAACUUUCCGGAGUGUGAUGUCUUCAUCUACAUCUCGUGUGCACAAACUGCUCUUUUGGAUAGCAAAGAAUUUUUGGCUCCUGUUAUUACCCCUUUUGAAGCUAUUCUUGCUUUCACCAGGGGAAGUGAGUGGACGGGGAAAUACGUAAUGGAUUUUCAGGACUUGGCUGCUUCAACUCCUGUGGGUGUAGAAAUCCCAGAAAAGGAAGCGCGAUUUUCGUUUCUUCAAGGUGGAUACAUAGAAGAUCCUGAUUUCCAAGAUAUUGAUGAUGAAGAUGAAGAUGGAGCUCUUGCUUUAGUGAAUACGACACAAACAGCACUGCAGGCACAUGAUAAGGACCUUAAAAUCAUCGUGAAGGGAACAGCAAAAUCAGGGGUCGAGUUUUUUGCAUCUCGGUCUUUUCAAGGUCUUGAAAUCAAUGGUAACCGAAACGCACCAGAGACAUUCGUAAUGGGGAGAACCGGCAAAGCGUCAGGAUACGUCCAUGAAACAAGUAAGCACUAGAUCUUUUAUUAUCCUAAUUGAAACGUGUACACGAACUGGUAGAACUGAAACUUUUCAAAAUUUUGUCUACCUUUAUUUAUACAAGUUAACCAAAGAAACCCAUGGGGGUUUUGUUGUAGUUCAAUUUUUCGAUUCAGUGAAUUAGAUUUACAGCCUUUGUACU